AUGUCAUAUGUCAUUUGUUUAGAAAAGAGUAGAUGUUCCGAUCCAUCUGAGAACAACUGCAGUCCAUAUGCGUUUUGUACGGAACUGGGAGAUGACGACUACACCUGUAAAUGCCGCGACGGCUAUGAGGAUGUAUCCGAGGAUCCAUCGAAUUACCCUGGCCGAGUUUGCGAACCCUUUGAAGACAAGUGCAACGACCUGACCUUGAAGGAACAGCACCCGAACGCGCUGUGUACAAAGGUCGGCAGGAAGUACAUCUGGGAGUGCAAACCCGGCUACUACGACGCCUCUCCAGACCCGAUGAACAACCCGGGCGAAGUUUGCGUUCAGCUGAUCGACGAGUGCAAGAACCCUCAGAACAACAACUGCAGCAGAUAUGCGAAAUGCAUCGACAAGCAAAUGGGCUACACCUGUGAAUGUCUGUCCGGCUACUACGACAACAACCCUGAAAUGCCGGGUCGCCUGUGCACUCUGAUUGUGAACGAGUGUGAGUACGACAACAUGAACGACUGCCAUCCGCACGCGACAUGUACCGAUCAACUGGUCGGCUAUAAUUGCUCCUGCAAACCGCCGUUUCAUGACAUGUCGCCUGAUCCGAAAAAGCCUGGAAGGAUUUGUCAAUACAACGAGUGCCUUGAUGAUACCAUGAAUGAUUGCGAUUCGAAUGCUGAGUGUCAAGACACCGAUGAAUCGUACAUUUGCUUUUGUAAGCAUGGCUUCAUGGACGAAGACCCGACGAGACCCGGCAGAAAAUGUGCUCCAAUCACGACGCUUCCACCGAUAACAACUCCGACGCCAUGCGAUAUACCCUGCGGCCGCAAGCGUUGUUGCUCGUCACUCGGUGAGGUUUGUCUGCAAGGAGAAUGCGCCUGUCCUCCAGGAUAUGGCAGGAACGCUCCGAGCGAGCACUGCGUUGUGGUGGACGUUUUCCAUAUACCGGCUAACGUUAUUCGGCGUGGAUCUUACCCACUGGUUUGGACUUCGAGCUACGCCGAACCUCACAGUGCCACCAGCAUCGACAUGAUGGAUGUGUUUCUGACAGGCCUAUCCCAAGUAAUCGAAAAGACGCCGGUGCGCAGUGGGUACAUUACGUCGACGGUGCUGGACAUUGCCAACCCGAAGACCAUCAGUUCACAGGCAAAGGGUCUCGUGUUUAAGUCGGACAUCGAGUUCAGACGAGGUUCCACCAAUCAGGACGAGCUGUGCCAUUACCUGAAUGAUGUUGUGCGUCAAGCGAACUACACCCUCGGUUCCACUGAACUGCGACUCGACCCGAACUUCGACUUCUGUGAGGGCUUCAAGGAGGCUCCUGAGAAUCUCUGUGGUGAUCGAGUUUGCGACAAAUCGCUGAACGAAAUUUGUCUCGGUGGCAAAAUGUGCGGCUGUGCGUUUGGUAAAGGUCGACGACUCUCCAACGAACAGUGCGUCGACGUGAUGCCAAUUGAGCUGCCUUUGUGGGUGAUUCGCGAAGGCCACGAGUACCUAACGUACAACCGCUCUGUUGCCAACAUGGCUAGUCCGUUAUACCAGCACCUGGUCAAAACCUUCACCACCGGGUUCACCGUGUACUUUCCGGCGGCUGAUUCAAUAGCGCCAGCCGAAGCUUUCGAUCGCCUGAUGACGUCAGUAGAGAGCACUGAUUUUGCGAUCGGCAACACUGAUUUGUACAUCAACGACUACCAACCGCCUUUCUCAUGUUAUCGUCACAACUGUGACAAGAACGCCUUACUGAUAGACCGUGGCGAUGGCGGCUGUGCCUGCAAAUGCAGAGAGGGCUACGUUGAUGCUGACGUUCGUCACCCAGGAAUGCAAUGCAACAAAAUACGGAAAGACUUGAAAAAUCCGGAAAAGAUUUACCCAAGCAAGCCGCAUGGUCUGCUAUUCAACACGACGUUUGCCGUCAGCCCCGGAAGCAUUACGAAGGAGGAGUUCUGUCAAAGACUGAUCGAAGAGAUUCGACGUUCAGAUGACAGAAUCGACGGCUCUCAGCUAUUCUUAAGCCAGAUUGACCCAUGCAGUACGUGA